CUGACUACAAAGGGGAUUGCAUGAUGCUGGUACUACACUAUAUAUCUAUCGCACGUCCCAAGCGCCAGGUUGCGCUACCUUCACGUAUGAAUACAUCCAAUACUCAAGAUACAAAAAUAACUGUUACUUUACUAGCCGGUUGAUCUCCAAGCACACUGAUUACAAUAAAAUGUCCAGGAAACAAGGUCUUCGAAGGAGAAUAGAGGACACGUUUUUAAGCAGGGUGCAAGAAGCUAACCCUGAUCUCGAGACCUAUUAUGAAGGGAGACAGGGGGGUAGUAGCAAGACAGUCAAGUCUUACGUUAAAAUUAAGGGCAGGAACGCGGAACUCUGGAAAGAAUUCAAUUCUGCCAAUAUUACCUCGGCAUAUCGCCAUGUUCUUGAUACAGUCGUCAAUCGCCCUCCAAGCUCCAGGCCCUCAAGAAGUAUGUGUCUCAUAGGCCUGGAAGAAUCAAUGAAAAAUAUUGUUCUCGAUUGGUGUAAGAAGAGGAUUGACGAAGGCUUGAAGCUCGCGGCAGCUGUGAUACAAAAGGACUUAGGACAGCCGCAGAUUGAACCAUCCUUCAGAGUUGAGCAAAUCAACAUAGAAAAGGACCCGUCUCUAACUGAGAACAUACCAGAGGAGGACCAGGAUAGGCCAGGGAAAUAUGUCAGGCCUGAUGCAUAUGUAAUGGGGCGUGCAGAUAUUCAAAGCGGCCCUAUGUAUAUGCCACUCGAAAUCAAACCAAGUUCAUUAUGGAGGUCAUCAAUGUUAAUGACCGAUGAGAAGUCACAAGCUGGUCUUCAGCCUCUCAGGCAGCUCGGCACCUAUUGCAAAGUUUGCGAUACGCGAAUUGGCGUGAUAAUUACACCAGAAGAGGCAGUCGCGGUACGUUAUUAUGAUAUCAGUGAAUGGGAGGUUGGAUGCCACUUCAUGCCCGUGCCCUGGAGCAACUCCGGCGAUCAAUUGACUGUUAACUUGGCAAUCUGGGCUUGUGCAGCACUCAGUCUGAAUGAUAAAUACCACCAUAUUGUCCCUAAACCGCACUUAUUCCCUGAGAUCAACACGUGGCAGGAAGCCCCUUCGAAAGGGUACUACCGGCACCUAUAUUCGGGGCGAUACGACUCGAAAUUACCCCCUGGAGCAAUUAUUGAUACCAAAGAAAACUCCCUGGAAGAGGUUCCGGAACGUGUAGUUGUUACAAUCGGCUCCUCUGCGGAAAAUAUCUUAAGAGGGCAGAGGCGAGCCAUGGCACAGCAGGAGCUCCGAAGAAGGUGCCUGCUCAGCGUCAAGAGUGGUGGCUCAAAUAAAAGAAAGGCGAUUAGUGACACAGAGUCAAGAGCUAAGAAAGUAGCUCGUGUUGAUCCCGACAGUACUAUUAAAUGAUGAUAAUUACAAU